AUGGCUUCCUUAAAGUUGUGGGUGCUCAGUUGUCUUAUCCUCACAGCAACAUGCGGUAAAGUGGAGAAAAAGAAAACAAUCAUCAGUGCCACUGACUUGGUUGCAGCUGCUACAGGAUAUGGCGGCGGCGGUGGAGGAGGAGGGUACGGCGGUGGAAACGGUGGUGGCGGUGGAUACGGUGGUGGAAGUGGAGGUGGAUACGGAGGUGGUGGUGGAGGAGGAUACGGAGAGGCAGCUGGAGGUGGUUAUGGAGGCGGUGCAGGUGGUGGAGCUAAAGGAACCACCAUUCUAUUGGCCAUUCCUGUCUCCCUAGGUGGCGGCGGCAAAAAUAGUGGUGGCGGAGGUGGAUAUGGAGGAGGAUCCAGUGGAGGAUAUGGUGGAUCAUCCGGUGGAGGUGGAUAUGGUGGUGGCUCCUCUGGUGGAUACGGUGGUGAUAUCGGCGGAGGCUACGGAGGAGGAUCUGCUGGUGGAGAUUACGGUGGUGCUUCUUUGGGUGGCGGAUACGGAGGAUCCUCGGGUGGUGGUGGUGCUUAUGGAGGAGCUUCUCUUGACCUCGGUGGCGGAUACGGUGGAGGAAAGAGCAGCGGUGGUGGAGAUGGCGGAUAUGGUGGAAGCAUUGGGGGAGGUUAUGGAGGCGGAAAGAGCAGUGGUGGAGGCGAUGGCGGAUAUGGGGGAAGCACUGGAGGAGGUUAUGGAGGUGGAAAGAGUGGUGGAGAUUCUGGAUAUGGCCUUGGAGGAGGAUCUGCUGGAGGAUAUGGUGGCGGAUCUGCUGGUGGCUACGGAGGAGGUUCAUCCGGAGGAUAUGGAGGAGGAAAAAGCAGUGGUGGAAUAAGUAUUAUCACUUUGGGAGGUGGCUCCGGAGGGUAUGGUGGCAGCAGUGGUGGAGCUGGAGGUUACGGAGGUAGCAGUGGAGGAUCUGGUGGAUACGGAGGUAGCAGUGGAGGAGCUGGAGGUUACGGAGGUAGCAGUGGAGGAGCUGGAGGUUAUGGAGGUAGCAGUGGAGGAGCUGGAGGUUACGGAGGUAGCAGUGGAGGAGCUGGUGGAUACGGAGGAAGCAGUGGAGGUGGUGGUGGAUAUGGAGGAAACAGUGGAGGCAUAACUCUUUUGGGCUUGAGCAUCAGUAACAUUGGCGGUGGAGGAGGAGGAAAAUCGGCAGGUGGUGAUGGAGGAUAUGGCGGUGCUAUCGGAGGAGGAUAUGGAGGAAGCAGCGGAGGAGAUGGCGGAUACGGUGGAAGCAGCGGUGGUGAAGAUUACUCCUCAGCUUUGAGCCUCGGAGGAUAUGGAGGUAGCAGCGGAGGCGGCGGAGGUUACGGUGGAGGACUUGGUGGAGGUUAUGGUGGCGGAAGCAGUGGAGGAAAGGGAGGUCUCGGUGGCGGAUAUGGUGGUGGAAGCAGUGGUGGAUAUGGUGGAAGCAGCAGCGGUAAAGGUGGCUAUGGAGGCGGAAGCAGCGGUGGCAAAGGAGGUCUUGGUGGUGGAUAUGGAGGAUCAAGUGGCGGAGGUGGAAAGAGUUCAGGAUAUGGUGGAAGCAGUGGCGGAGGAGGAGGAUAUGGAAGUGGAAACAGCAAAGGAGGUUUCGGUGGAGUCUCCAGUUAUGGAGGAAAUGACUGGUCAUGGUGAAAUGUAAAUAUUCACUGAAUUUCCAGAAAAGAAGACCCCGAAACAUGCUGUUUUUGGAAACCUUUAAACACUGGGACACAUGUUAACUUCCUAUUUCAACGACGACAUGCAAUGAACUUUACUGUUGAGACACCAACGAGUCGUUGCCAACAUUUUCCUCAUAAUUAAAGGCAUUAUUCACCACGAGGCUCAUCCAACACAUCUCGUGAUCAGAACUAAGAACUGAACUGAAAGCAGCGUCUUCAAUGUGAUGUUCUAAUACCAGCAUAUCUCUCGGAUUCGGUCCUGUUCGCUGUGGCCAUAUCGAAGCAUUUUUUUUUUAAUCGAUUAGUAUUUUCUACAUGUGGAUAAAUUUGGCUGCUUCAGCGACAACUUGUACAGAACAUCUAAGGGCCGUCCGAAUUUCUUCCUCUUUUUUAACGUUUUUAUUUUGUGCUGUUUUACAUGAGCGC